AAGAAUUGUAUGCUAAUUUAUUUAUUUAUUAUAAAGACUAUUCAAUCGAAAAACAAUAAAAUUUAUAUCUUUAAUAUAGAGUAACUAUAGCACAAAUUUUUAAAAAAUCAUUUAAAAAAAAGAUAGUUUUCUAAAAUGAGUGAUAAAAAAUCUAAGCAGUACUAAUAUUAAAUAGAUGAUUAGGAUGAAAAUUAAAAAUAGGAAAUAGAGAUGCAGUAGCCAGGUUAAAAUGAAUAGGGUUAGGAAAUAUUUCAAGAAAAGCAUAACUCUAGCAUUUCAACACCUAGCAGUAAAAAAAAGAAAGGAUCUGCUAGACUAAAAGCAAAAAAACCAGCGAGUUCUUCAUCCUAGAUUGAAAGGAAAGAUUCAACUACAGAAGUAAAUCCUUAACAUAGAUCAGCUGUAUUAAAUUAGAAGGAUGAAAAUAAAAAUGUCUUUUAUCCAGUUAUAAAGGAUUUUUAGUUUACAACAAUUAAAAAAGAUGUUAACUAUUCUUCAUUCGAAAAAACGAUUGCCAACUAUAAUAAGGGAUAGGAAUUGUAAAUGAGCGAAUAAUCAUUUUAUAAAGUAAAAAAAAUUCCAAAGCAUAAAAGAAAAUUUUUUGAAUACCUUACUUCAAAUGCUCAAAGAUACAUCUUUAUUGAAAAAGGAAUAUUUUACACAUUAAGGAAAAUAAAAGAUGAUAAUUUCAUAGUCCAGUCUGUAAGAGAACUAGGGACACUAUUUAAAAUUUAUGAAGAUAAAUAAUUUAACUAAAAAUUGAUUUUAUGUUUCCUUAAUAAAGAGAGAAAUCCUAAAAUUGCUCCUAUAACAAAGGAAUAUUAUUUUUCCUCUAACGCUAAGCUCUAAGAAUUUUUAUAGGCUAUUCAAAAAACCCUAUAGUUGUAAGGUUUUUAGGUUAUUAAAUGA